GAAUCUUUUGCCGGAAGCGCGCGAGGCUAUGGAAAAUGCGCUUGAACACUACAAUUAUCAUACUGAAUACCCUUUAACUGAACUACUUUUAUGUGUUGGCCUGUUCUUGAUAUUGGCUAUUGAGCAUUUCUCCCAUAUGUGUUGCUCACCGAAGAAAAAGCCCCAAGAAAAGAGUCCAAUUUUGGGCUCAACUUCCAACGCAGUAAAGCCACAAGCGCCACACAAAGAGGAAAAAGAGAAAAACAAAAUACAAUGCAACGGAAUUGGUCACAGCGCCGAUGUCAAAGACAAAGGCAAUGAGAUUCUAGUACAUAGCGAAUUCGAAGACUCCUCAUACGCUGACGAUUUAACCUACCACACAUAUGGCACUGUGGACGAAUCCUUAGACAAAUCUGGUAUCAAUCCUUACGCCGGAAGUGGGUUGUCACGUGAUGGGACGCCGUUUCAGACGGAAGUCGUGUUCUACAACAGUGACCGGAUCAUUAUUCGCAAUAAAGCGUCUCCGGAAGUUGACGUAAAGCCAAGCACACACGAUGUCAUUCGAAGCGCUUUAGACAUUGACGCAGAUGACAUCAGACGUUUGAAAAUACGAGGGAUUGUCUUAAUGGUUGCCUUGUCACUGCAUAUGAUUUUCGAUGGUCUGGCGAUAGGACUGAUGACAAAAUCGUCCAAGGUUUGGCAGCUUCUUGGAGCUGUUGCUCUACACAAGUGUCUAGUAUUCUUCACAAUUGGCCUCCAGUCUUUGGAGAUACUCGCAUCCGCAAAGAAAGCCGUGUUUGUUAUUGUAUUCCUGGCCAUUAUUAGUCCGAUCGGAAUCCUUAUCGGCGAAGCUAUAAAUAGUUCCGAUGACGUCACCGCAAGGGAGACCGUUUCUGCGGUUCUGCAAGGAAUUGCCACAGGGACUUUCCUGUUUGUGACGUUUUUCGAGAUUCUAUUUCGGGAAUUGGGCGCACAAGAUCCAGAAUUGCUGACAAUUAUGUUUAGCUUUAUCGGAUUUGUACUUAUUGCACUUGUGCGCCUUAUGACCAAUGACUAGCACGGUUUAUGACAGCAUAUGGCAAUUUCAACGCAAUAAGUAGAACCAAUACACUGUGAACAUUUGCAGUAAUUUUAAGGUCUGUAUGUGCAAAUGGAUUGCAUGUUGCGAUGGUGUUAUUUUCACACUUGCUUUUAGGUCAAAAUUUGACCAUUAAAUACAUUAUGAACGCAUACGUUUCUGAAUUGUUUUCGAUUUUCAAGACGUAUGAAUUUGUAAGUAAAGCUGCAUAUACAAAAAUGGACCAUAAAAUUUAAUGACCACUGCGUUAAAGAUGAAGAAGAACAUUCAAUAAGUUACCGAAUGAAUUGUUUGUGUUAGAAAUACGUAUUACUAUUGUAUAAUAUUUGACAACGGGUACCAUACAUAUCUAAAUGAUAAAUUGUUUUAUAGCAAUUAUCAUGCUGUCGUUUAAGUUAACUUGAAUUUAUUACGUUACAAUGUAAUUGGUAUUAUGUAUAAUAAUCUUCUUGGGCAUCAAUUCAAUAUUUUAUUAAAGUCUCAUUCGCAAUACAUAUACAAUUAAAAUACAUAUAAAAAGCACAGUUACAUGUAUGCGACCAAUCAUAAUAUUAUUUAUAAGAGACUAUAUAAUUAUAUGCAUUAACAAUAAUCGACUAUCAAAUUGCCAUGAUUACUGCCACAUGGUUGAAACUUACUUCUAUUAAAAUUAGUUAUUGUAUCUAAGACUAUGUUGUAUUAUUGUAUGGGCAUGAACGUAAUUCCCAUGAAAUUGAUUUUGACGUGUUAUAUGCAUUUUUAUUACUAUUGUUAAUUGUAUAUUUAUAAUUUAUUGUGUUAUUUGUUAUGUUUCAGUUCUUAGCAAUGGCAGUAUGAUACGCUCAUAUAUCGACUGUAUUUGCCGCAUGAAAUGAUUAAAUACACUUUGACUGUAUGUUAACUUUAUCUUCCGUUAUCAGUCAUGACUGUUUAGCCCCGAGCAUAACUCGAUAACUAGUCGAGGUAUGACACUAUUGGUAAAAUUCAUGAACAUAUAUUAGUUAACAAUAAUAAUUUGUGUUAUACACAGUUUAUUGUCUUGUGUAUAAUAAAUUGGCAAUUUUAGGGUUUUAGUAGGAGGCGAGCA